GGACUCUUGCCCACCUGGCAGCUCAGCGCCCCCUCAGGAUGAAGGUGGCUGUGGGCCCAGACCCGUCCUUGGUCUACAGGCCGGAGGCAGACCCGGAGGCAGCUGAGGACAAGGGCCGCUUCCGCAACUUCACCUCCGGCCCGCUCCUGGACCGCGUCUUUGCCACCUACAAGCUCAUGCACACGCAGCAGACGGUGGAAUUCGUCAGGAGCAAGCGCGCCCAGUUCAUGACCUUCUCCUACAAGAAAAUGACCGUCAUGGAAGCUGUGGACAUGCUAGACAGGCUGGUGGAUGAGUCGGACCCAGACGUGGACUUCCCCAACUCCUUCCACGCCUUCCAGACGGCCGAGGGCAUACGGAAGGCCCACCCUGACAAGGACUGGUUCCACCUCACGGGGCUCCUGCACGACCUGGGGAAGGUCCUGGCACUGGCAGGGGAGCCCCAGUGGGCGGUCGUUGGAGACACCUUCCCCGUGGGCUGCCGUCCCCAGGCCUCUGUGGUUUUCUGCGACUCCACCUUCCAGGACAACCCCGACCUCCAGGACCCUCGAUACAGCACGGAGCUCGGCAUGUACCAGCCGCACUGCGGGCUCGACAACGUCCUCAUGUCCUGGGGCCACGACGAGUACAUGUACCAGAUGAUGAAGUUCAACAAAUUCUCCCUGCCCCCAGAGGCCUUCUACGUGAUCCGGUUUCACUCCUUCUACCCUUGGCACACGGGGGGCGACUACCGGCAGCUGUGCAGCGAGCGUGACCUGGCCAUGCUGCCCUGGGUGCAGGAGUUCAACAAGUUCGACUUGUACACCAAGUGUCCCGACCUGCCGGACGUGGACAAGCUGCGGCCCUACUACCAGGGGCUCGUUGACAAGUACUGCCCCGGGGUCCUGAGCUGGUGA